AUGGUACUCUCCCGUCUCAUAAUUGUGAUAAACUACAUUGACAAGAGCUGGAUUACAAAGCCACGAGGUAGUGUAGAACAUAGGGAUGGUCUCAAUAGAUUCCUUAACUUUGCAUUUGCCAAUGUAUCAUCCGAUGGGAUGAUACAUUGUCCAUGCCCUUUGUGUGGGUUCCGGUUUUUCCAAACUAGAGAGGAUGCCUACGAUCAUCUUCUGAUGAAACCCUUUCCCCCUAACUAUACCUUUUGGUUACAUCACGGUGAAAGGAUCGUAGACGAGAGAUCCAGUGGUAGGGAAGAACUAGAACCCACUGUAAAUUCAGGAGAUCAAAUGCGUGACAUGGUCCACGAUGCAUUCAACUUGCUGGGACUGCAGAGUGAUGAUGAAGACUCGAUAAAUGGGCAUGUCGGAGACGUUGUGGAGGGGUUGCCGUACUUAUCUGAUGAACCUAGCCGCGAGGCUCAUGCCUUUCACGACUUGCUUGAGGACGGCGAGCAGGGAUUAUAUCCGGGAUGCUCAAGAUUCUCGAAGCUGUCUUUCUUGGUGAGGCUGUACCAUAUAAAGUGCAUGUGCGGAGUGAGCGACAAGGCUUUCGGAUUGAUUCUAGAGCUAUUGGGGAUGCCUUUGAGCAUGCAAGGAUUUCGAAGACCUUGCACGAUGCCAAGAGGAUCAUAAGGAAGCUCAGUAUUGAGUACAAGAAGAUAGAUGCAUGUCCA